GGGAGGGGCAGUAAGGGGAAGGGAUGUGUGUCGGCGUGUGUGGACAGGGUGCUCCUUCGCUCCUGCUUUCCCGGCUUGGUGGGGUCCCUUCGCGGCCACCCGGGGAGACGUCUUAGUCGUGGUUCCUGUGACCUGUGUUCUCUUUGCAGAAGUUCUGUGUCUAUCCAUCUCAUGUGCUGCGUGUGUCUGUAAAGCCUCAUUCCGUGCUGUCUGGCAGGAAGCUCCAUCUCAUCUCAUCAUCUUAAGGCCCUGGCACUGCCUCAGCAUGGCCAUUUCAUCACGCCUCGCCCUGUGGGAGCAGAAGGAAAGUGACACUCGUGACUGGGGCUGCAGCCAUCCGCAGGGACUGACUCGACCCUCGGGAGCCAAGUCCAACCUUUCCCACCUUGAGUGGGGAGUCUGACAUCCAGUCCUCCUAGUAGCAUGUGCAAUCCCACCUUCAACCUUCUCCCAGCCAGCUCGAUUCGGGAAGAGGACAAGAGCCCUCCACCGUCCUCGCCCCCUCCUCUCUUCUCUGUCAUCCCAGGGGGCUUCAUUAAGCAACUGGUCCGGGAGACUGAAAAAGAGGCCAAGGAAGCAAGACAGAGGAAACAGUUAGCUCUCGCCUCUCCAGAACGAGAGACCCCAGAAAUUUCCGUCAGCCAACCCAACAGCAAGUCCAGCAGUGGCACCAGAUCUGGAAGCCAGCAGAUCUCUCAGGACAACCAGUCAAGCUCUCUUGGGAGCUCAGACAUUCUGGGCAAGGAGAGCGAGGGGUCCGGCAGCCCUGACCAUGAGCAGAUGACCAGCAUCAAUGGUGAGAAGGCCCAGGAGCUGGGUUCCAGUGCGACACCAGCCAAAAAGACUCUCCCCUUCAAGAGGGGCAUGAGGAGGGGUGAUGUGUUGUUGAUGGUGGCCAAGCUGGACCCGGACUCAGCCAAGCCAGAGAGGACUCAUCCCCAUGACACCCCCCCUUGCAAGACCCCUCCCCCAGCCACAGAUACUGGAAAGGAAAAGAAAGGGGAGACCUCUAGGACUCCUUGUGGCCCCCAGGCCAGCACCGAGAUCUUGGCCCCGAAAGCUGAGAAGACCCGGACUGGGGGUCUUGGGGACCCAGGCCAAGGAACUGUGGCACUGAAAAAAGACGAGAAGGGUCAAAGCAUAGUGGGGAAGGGGGGUGGGACCCCCAAGACCACAGAGCUGAAAGAGGCUGAGCCCCAGGGCAAAGACCGGCAGGGGACCAGGCCCCAAGCCCAAGGGCCCGGUGAGGGGGUGCGACUGGGGAAAGCAGAGAAGGAGGGAGCAGAGCCCAUAAACACGGUGGAAAAGGGGAAUGUCUCUAAGGACGUAGGGAGUGAGGGGAAGCACGUAGGGCCCCAAAUCCCUGGGAGAAAGUGGGGAGGUUUCCUAGGAAGAAGGAGUAAGUGGGAUAGUCCCCAGAAUAAGGACAAAGAAGGGGUGCUCUUAAGUAAGGCAGAGAAGACAGGUGAGCCUCAGACCCGGACGGAGAAGACAAGCCAAGUGCAGGGCGAGUUGGGGGACGAUGUGAGAAUGGGGGAGAAAGCAGGUGAGCUUUGGAGCACGACUGGGAAGGCAGGUGAGUCCUGGGAUAAGAAGGAAAAGAUGGGGAAGCCCCAGGGUAAGUCCGGGAAGGCAUGUGAAGCUCAGAGUCAGACAGAGAAGGGCUGUGAAGCCCCAAAGGAGGUGAGCACAAUGGUGGAGUCGCCAGCGGCUCCUGGGAAGGGAGGCUGGCCAGGAAGCUGUGGGCAGGAAGCAGAGGAGCCCUGCUCAAGAGCAGGUGAUGGGGCUGGUGCCCUGGAGACAGAGCUGGAAGGACCCAGCCAGCCUGCUCUGGAGAAGGAUGCAGAAAGGCCUCGGAUACAGAAGGAGAACCAAGACGGGCCAGCCCCCCAGGAGGAGGGCAAAGGAGGCCAGAGCAGAGACUCAGACCAGGCUCCUGAGGACAGAUGGUAUGAGGCAGAGAAAGUCUGGCUGGCUCAGAAGGACGGAUUUACUCUUGCUACGGUGCUAAAGCCAGAUGAGGGAACAGCAGACCUGCCAGCAGGAAGGGUGAGACUUUGCAUUGAUGCUGACAAAACCAUCACUGAGGUGGAUGAGGAGCAUGUCCAUCGGGGCAACCCCCCUGAGCUGGACCAGGUCGAGGACCUGGCCUCUCUCAUCAGUGUCAACGAAUCCAGUGUCCUGAAUACGCUUCUGCAGCGCUACAGGGCUCAGCUGCCGCACACCUGCGUGGGGCCUGAUCUGAUCGUCCUCCAGCCCCGGGGGCCCUUGGUGCCUUCUGCAGGGAAGGUGCCCAAGGGCCGCCGGGAUGGCCUGCCUGCCCACAUUGGCUCCAUAGCACAGCGGGCAUACUGGGCGCUGCUGAAUCAGCGGAGAGACCAGAGCAUUGUGGCCCUGGGCCGGAGUGGUGCUGGGAAGACCACCUGCUGUGAGCAGGUCCUGGAACACCUGGUGGGGAUGGCAGGCAGUGUGGAUGGCAGGGUCUCAGUGGAGAAGAUCCGAGCCACCUUUACUGUCCUCCGGGCCUUCGGCUCUGUGUCCGUGGCCCAUAGCCGCAGCGCCACCCGGUUCUCCAUGGUGAUGUCGCUGGACUUCAGCGCUACAGGCCGCAUCACGGCUGCUCAGCUCCAGACAAUGCUUUUGGAGAAGAGCCGCGUGGCACGGCAGCUGGAAGGGGAAAGUAACUUCCAGGUUUUCUCCCAGAUGCUGGCUGGAUUGGACUUGGAUCUCAGGACGGAGCUGAACCUGCACCAGAUGGCAGAUAGCAGCUCCUUUGGCAUGGGCAUGUGGUCCAAGCCUGAAGAUAAACAGAAGGCGGCAGCUGCCUUUGCCCAGCUCCAGGGUGCCAUGGAGACGCUGGGCAUCUCAGAGAGUGAGCAGCGGGCCGUUUGGCGGGUCCUGGCAGCCAUCUACCACCUGGGCGCGGCAGGGGCCUGCAAAGUGGGUCGGAAGCAGUUCAUGAGGUUUGAGUGGGCAAACUACGCAGCUGAGGCCCUGGGCUGCGAGUAUGAGGAGCUGAACACGGCCACCUUCAAGCACCACCUUCGACAGAUCAUCCAGCAAAUGACGUUUGGGCCAACCCGAUGGGGCCUCGAGGAUGAGGAAACCAGCUCAGGGCUCAAGAUGACAGGAGUGGAGUGUGUGGAGGGGAUGGCCUCGGGCCUGUACCAGGAGCUCUUUGCGGCUGUGGUCUCACUCAUCAACAGAUCCUUCUCCUCCCAGCACCUCUCCAUGGCCUCCAUCAUGGUGGUGGAUUCUCCAGGCUUCCAGAACCCCCGGCACCAGGGCAAGGACCGGGCGGCCACCUUUGAGGAGCUGUGCCACAACUACACCCAUGAGCGCCUGCAGCUGCUGUUCUACCAGCGGACCUUUGUCUCCACGCUGCAGCGAUAUCAAGAGGAAGGUGUUCCUGUGCAGUUUGACCUCCCGGACCCCUCCCCAGGGACCACCGUGGCUGUUGUGGAUCAAAAUCCCUCUCAGGUCCGCUUACCAGCUGGAGGAGGUGCCCAGGAUGCCAAAGGCCUUUUCUGGGUCUUGGAUGAGGAAGUCCGUGUAGAGGGCUCCAGUGACAGUGUGGUGCUUGAGCGUCUGUGUGCUGCUUUCGAGAAGAAAGGAGCUGGGACUGAAGAGUCCUCUGCCCUGCGGACCUGUGAGCAGCCCCUCCAGUGUGAGAUUUUCCACCAGUUGGGAUGGGACCCUGUGCGGUACGACCUCACGGGCUGGCUCCACAGAGCCAAGCCCAACCUCUCAGCCCUGGAUGCACCCCAGGUCCUGCAACAGUCAAAAAGAGAGGAGCUGCGGAGUCUAUUCCAGGCCCGGGCCAAGCUGCCUCCUGUGUGCCGGGCUGUGGCAGGCCUGGAGGGCACCUCCCAGCAGGCCCUGCAGAGGAGCCGCAUGGUGAGGAGGACCUUUGCCAGCAGCCUUGCCGCGAUAAGGAGGAAAGCCCCGUGCUCCCAGAUCAAGCUGCAGAUGGAUGCGCUGACCAGCAUGAUCAAAAGGUCCCGGCUGCACUUUAUCCACUGCCUGGUACCGAACUCUGUGGUGGAAAGCAGGAGUGGGCAGGAAUCUCCAACACCACCACAGCCUGGUAGAGACAAGCCUGGGGCAGGUGGACCUCUGGCCCUGGAUAUCCCAGCACUGAGGGUCCAGCUUGCUGGGUUCCACAUCCUGGAGGCUCUGCGUCUGCAUAGGACAGGCUAUGCUGACCACAUGGGGCUCACUCACUUCCGCCGGCAAUUCCAGGUGCUGGACCCUCCACUCCUGAAGAAGCUCAUGUCGACCUCCGAGGGAAUAGAUGAAAGGAAGGCCGUGGAGGAGCUCCUGGAGACCCUGGAUCUGGAAAAGAAGGCAGUGGCUGUGGGGCACAGCCAAGUUUUUCUCAAGGCAGGUGUGAUCUCCAGGCUUGAGAAGCAGCGAGAGAAGCUGGUAUCUCAGAGCAUCGUUCUCUUCCAGGCGGCUUGCAAGGGCUUUCUGUCUCGCCAGGAAUUCAAGAAGCUGAAGAUUCGCCGACUGGCUGCACGGUGCAUCCAGAAGAAUGUGGCUGUGUUCCUCGCAGUGAAGGACUGGCCAUGGUGGCAGCUCCUUGGUUCCCUCCAGCCCCUACUUAGUGCCACCAUUGGAAAUGAGCAGCUCCGAGCCAAGGAGGAGGAGCUUACAACGCUAAGACGGAAGCUAGAAAAAUCAGAGAAGUUGCGGAAUGAACUCCGGCAGAACACAGAUCUGCUAGAAAGCAAGAUUGCUGACUUGACCACUGAGCUUGCCGAUGAGCGCUUCAAAGGUGAUGUGGCCUGCCAGGUGCUGGAGAGUGAGCGGGCAGAGCGGCUACAGGCCUUCCGGGAGGUCCAGGAGCUCAAGAGCAAGCAUGAACAAGUCCAGAAAAAACUGGGAGAUGUGAAUAAACAGUUGGAAGAAGCCCAGCAGAAAAUUCAUUUGAAUGACUUGGAAAGGAAUCCCACUGGAGGAGCAGACGAGUGGCAAAUGCGCUUCGACUGUGCUCAGAUGGAGAACGAGUUCCUCAGAAAGCGUCUGCAGCAAUGCGAGGAGAGGCUGGACUCGGAACUGACAGCCAGGAAAGAGCUGGAGCAAAAGCUCGGGGAGCUGCAAAGUGCUUAUGACGGGGCCAAGAAGAUGGCUCACCAACUGAAGAGGAAGUGCCACCAUCUUACCUGUGACCUUGAGGACACCCGCGUCCUGCUAGAGAACCAACAAAGUCGAAACCAUGAGCUGGAGAAGAAGCAGAAGAAGUUUGACCUCCAGCUGGCCCAGGCCCUAGGUGAGUCUGUGUUUGAGAAGGGUCUCCGUGAGAAAGUGACCCAGGAGAACACCAGUGUCCGGUGGGAGCUAGGCCAGCUUCAGCAGCAGUUGAAGCAAAAGGAGCAGGAAGCCUCACAGCUGAAGCAGCAGGUGGAGAUGCUACAGGACCAUAAACGGGAGCUGCUGGGGUCACCCUCUCUGGGGGAAAAUUGCGUUGCUGGCUUGAAGGAGAGGCUGUGGAAGUUGGAAUCCAGCGCCCUUGAGCAACAGAAAAUCCAGAGCCAGCAGGAAAACACCAUCAAGCAGCUGGAGCAGCUCCGCCAGCGGUUUGAGCUGGAGAUCGAGCGGAUGAAGCAGAUGCACCAGAAGGACCGUGAGGACCAGGAGGAGGAACUGGAGGAUGUCCGUCAGUCCUGCCAGAAGCGGCUUCGUCAGCUGGAAAUGCAGCUGGAGCAAGAAUAUGAAGAGAAGCAGAUGGUCCUUCAUGAGAAGCAAGAUUUGGAAGGCUUGAUUGGAACCCUCUGUGACCAGAUUGGCCAUCGGGACUUUGAUGUGGAGAAGCGACUUCGGAGAGACCUCAGGAGGACACAUGCACUAUUGUCAGACGUGCAGCUCCUUCUGGGCACCAUGGAGGAUGGCAAGACAUCAGUCAGCAAGGAGGAGCUGGAGAAAGUGCACAGCCAGCUGGAGCAGAGUGAAGCCAAGUGUGAGGAGGCCUUGAAGACCCAGAAGGUGCUCACAGCGGACCUGGAGAGCAUGCACAGCGAGCUGGAGAACAUGACGCGGAACAAGAGCCUGGUGGAUGAGCAGCUGUACAGGCUGCAGUUUGAGAAGGCAGACCUCCUGAAGCGCAUCGAUGAGGACCAGGAUGACCUGAAUGAGCUGAUGCAGAAGCACAAGGACCUCAUUGCUCAGUCUGCUGCUGACAUUGGGCAGAUCCAAGAACUGCAGCUGCAGCUGGAGGAAGCCAAGAAGGAGAAGCACAAGCUACAAGAACAACUGCAGGUGGCUCAGAUGCGCAUCGAGUACCUGGAGCAGUCCACUGUGGAUCGAGCCAUCGUCAGCAGGCAGGAGGCGGUCAUCUGUGACCUGGAGAACAAGACAGAGUUCCAGAAGGUGCAGAUUAAGAGAUUUGAGGUCCUGGUGAUCCGGCUUCGGGACAGCCUGAUCAAGAUGGGGGAGGAGCUUUCACAGGCGGCCACCUCCGAGUCCCAGCAGCGGGAGAGCAGCCAGUACUACCAGCGGCGCCUGGAGGAGCUGAAGGCCGACAUGGAAGAGCUGGUGCAGCGGGAGGCGGAGGCCAGCCGGCGGUGUAUGGAGCUGGAGAAGUACGUGGAGGAACUUGCCGCAGUGAGGCAAACCCUCCAGACAGACCUGGAGACAUCCAUUCGGCGGAUUGCCGACCUGCAGGCUGCCUUGGAAGAAGUGGCAUCCAGUGACAGUGAUACUGAGAGUGUCCAGACGGCAGUGGAUUGUGGCAGCAGUGGCAGAAAAGAGAUGGAUAACGUCUCCAUCCUCAGCUCCCAGCCAGAGGGCAGCCUGCAGUCCUGGUUGAGCUGUACUCUGUCCCUGGCCACAGACACUACGAGGACUCCUUCUCGACAGUCAGCCACCAGCAGCCGCAUCCUCAGCCCCAGGAUAAACGAGGAGGCUGGGGACACUGAGAGGACCCAGUCGGCACUGGCACUGAGCAGAGCCCGGUCCACCGAUGUCCGCAGCAAGACCUCGGGAGACAAGCCUGUUUCUCCCCACUUUGUCCGCCGGCAAAAGUACUGUCAUUUUGGGGACGGCGAAGGGCUUGCCGUCCAGAGAAAGUCCACAGAGAGAUUAGAAGCUGCUGCCUCUCCCCUGGCUUCUCGGAGUACAAACACAUCCCCGCUGUCGAGGGAAAAGCUGCCCAGUCCUUCAGCGGCCCUCUCAGAGUUCGUGGAAGGGCUCCGGAGGAAGAGAGCCCAGAGAGGCCAGGGGUCCACGCUGGGCCUGGAGGACUGGCCCACUCUCCCCAUUUACCAGACGACUGGGGCUUCCACACUAAGGAGGGGCAGGGCUGGCAGUGACGAGGGAAACCUCUCGCUGAGGGUUGGGGCAAAGUCACCCCUGGAAAUCGAAGGGGCCGCUGGUGGUCUCUUGAGGUCCACCAGCCUCAAAUGCAUCUCUUCAGACGGUGCUGGGGGCACAACCCUACUCCCCGAAAAGGCGAAGACCCGAUUCAGUUCCUGCGAGUCCCUCUUAGAAUCCAGAUCGAGCAUGGGGAGAAAACUGAGCUCUCCGACCACACCCAGGGACAUGCUGUUGUCGCCCACACUGCGUCCUCGGAGGCGGUGUCUGGAGUCCUCUGUGGAUGAUGUGGGCUGUCCAGACCUUGGAAAGGAGCCGCUUGUUUUCCAGAACCGCCAGUUCGCCCACCUGAUGGAGGAACCUCUAGGCAGUGACCCGUUCAGCUGGAAACUCCCAAGCCUCGACUACGAACGCAAGACCAAAGUGGACUUCGAUGACUUCCUCCCAGCUAUCCGGAAGCCCCAGACGCCUACAUCCUUGGCCAGAGCAGCCAAAGGUGGGCAAGACCGUUCACAGCGUUCAAGCAUCCACUUUGAGACGGAAGAGGCUGACCGUUCCUUUCUCUCGGGGAUCAAGACCAUUUUGAAGAAGAGCCCGGAGCCCAAGGAGGAUCCUGCUCACCUGUCCGACUCGUCCUCAUCCUCCAGCUCCAUCGUGUCCUUCAAAAGUGCUGACAGCAUCAAAAGUCGACCAGGAAUCCCACGACUUGCGGGUGACGGUGGUGAGCAAAUGUCCCCUGAGCACAGAAAGCCAGAGACGGGGAGGAAAGACGACGAUGUUGCGAGCAUAAUGAAAAAAUAUCUCCAGAAGUAGGAGCCAGUUCAGCCUCCUUGAAGCUGCCCUUGAAGACUGCCCGACUCUACAAUAACUUGGAGACAGACUGGCCAGGCCUACCUGGUGGCCAGAGCCAGCCAGCAUGGCCACCCUCAAGAGGCGAGAUGAGCCCACAGAGGCAUAUCCUGCUGGGAUGCUGGGCUCCCAGUGUGGUUGGCCUGAACAAAAUAAAGUGUUGACUCCUGGGCAUCUGUGCCUUCUCUAUGGCCUUGCUACCUGGGAUUCCAGAGUGUUGAUGGGGUGCAGAUAGGGGUAGGACUGUUAGAAAGAAUAGAACCAACCCAAACUGUGUGUAGUUUGGGGUGUAUACUUCUAUUUCUCUUCCUACAUUUCUACAUGCCAUGACCUUUCUCCUCUUCACCUGGCCAGUUUCAGCUCACUUCCUCCAGGAAGUCUUUCCUGAUAUAUCAAACUGAAACAAAUGCUCCUCCUCCGUGCUCCCCAUGCUUAUCUAUUAUGUUCCUUUGCCAAUUCAUUUCUCUAUCCUGUGUAUGUAUAAGUGUGUACAAGCAUUCAAGAAACUGAUGAAUGAUGAAUGAAUGAAUGAGCCAAAGAACAAAUAAAUGAGCCCACACACCCUGAACGCAUGCGACACACUGAUAUAUAUGCAUCCUACAAAUGUGCACCCACAUCAACAUUCAAGAACCUUGAAUUUAUUCGCUUUUUACCAAGGCGAAGCUAGCAUAUGUGUGCCCACAUUUAGGUAGCAAAUGCUGCCUUUAUUUAAAUUCCCACUAGUAUAGACUCCAUAUCCUACCCCAAAUUUGUCUUCAUCCCCAGGACCCCUCUGGUGUAGCCAAUCAUAGCUCCCACCCGUGGGAGGGAAUUCCCAUUUGGAUCACUGCUGUGUUAGUGUUUGCUAGGGCUGCUGUGACAAAGUACCAUAGCUGGAGGGUUGAAGUCCAAAUUCGAGGUCAGCUGGGUAAAUUCCUUCUGAGAGCUGUGAGGGCCUGUUUCCUUAGCUGGUAGAUGGCUGUCUUCUCCCUGUGUCUCUUCAUUUCACCUUCUGUUCAUGUCUGUAUCCAGAUUUCCCCAUUUUAUAUUGGAUGGGGUCUGCCCUAAUGACCUUAUUUUAACUUGGUUACCCUGUAAAGACCCUACCUUUAAAUUAACUCACUUUAUGAAGUACUGCGGGUUAGAACUUCAACAUUUUUUGAGUGGGGCUGGGGAAGUGGGCACACGAUUCAACCCAUAAUAACUGGUAAGGUCACUCCAAAAAGAGGAGCUCUCAUCUGUGAUCAUCCUCACUAGAGACUCUGGGUAGAAGUGAGGCAAGGGAGGAGGAUGGGGCAGGAGGGAAAUUCACUGGAGACCUCACCGUCUCUGGAGACUUUCCCGCCUCUCUGAUGGAGCACGUUGGUGGAACAGUGGACCCUGUUGUCUCUGAUGCAGACACAGUCUCCCACUUGGUGAAUCCACCAUCCACCUCUUGCCAUUCACAGGAGGGCUCUGGGUCACUGAAGAGUGCUGGGACACACGGGGAAAGGAGCCAGGACCUCUGCGGAGUCAGAAGCCCCGGCAAAGAGGAGGCACCACCCAAAAGCUCGCCAACACUUAGGUGUGGGGUAGGAAUGGGAGAAGACCCAGGCUCUUGCACGAGGCUCUCCCAAAGGUUUUUGCAGUGAAAUCCAUCAAGUCAUGGAGUCUCAGCUAAGUCACUUCCCUCGCUGGGUCUCAGUUUUCUCAUCUCAGUAAUGGGAACAACAGUUACUAAACUCUAAUAAAACCCGGGAAAGGGAAAGUAUAGCAUACUGUAUUAGUUUGCUAGAGAUGCUGUAACAAAAUUCCACAGCCUGGGUGGCCUAAACAACAGAAAUUUAUUUCCUCAUGUUUCUGGAGGCAGGAAGUCUGAAAUCAAGGUGUCAGCAGGGGUGGUUUUUCCUAAGGCCUCUGUCCUUGGCUUGUAGAUAGUCGCUUUCUUGCUGUGUCUUCACAUGGUCUGUCUUCUAUGUGGCUGCACCUCCGGUGUCUCUCUCCAAAUUUUCUCUUAUAAGAAAAGCAGUCAUAUUGAAACAGGGCCUACCCUGAUGGCCUGAUUUUAAUCACCCUGUUUUGUUGUUGUUGUUUUCUGAGAUGGGAGUUUCACUCUUGUGGCCCAGGCUGGAGUGCAGUGGUGUGAUCUGAGCUCACUGCAACCUCUGCCUCCCGGGUUCAAGCGAUUCUCUUGCCUCAGCCUCCUGAGUAGCUGGGAUUACAGACAUGCACCACCAGGCCCAGCUAAUUUUGCAUUUUUUUUAGUAGAAACAGGGUUUCUCCCUGUUGGUCAGGCUGGUCUUGAACUCCCGACCUCAGGUGAUCCACCUGCCUUGGCCUCCCAAAGUGCUGGGAUUUUAAUCACCCUUUUAAAGGUCCCAUCUCCAAACACCGUCACAUUCUAAGGUAUGGGGGGUUAGAACUUCAACACGUGAGUUUUAGGGGUUCACAAUUCAGCCUGUAACACAAUGCAAAAGGAAGUGGUGAUUUAAUUAUUAAUUAUUAUCACUUAAUCUAUUAUUUAUUAUUCAUACAGAAUAAUUUUCAUACAGAAUGAAUAUUAUUAUACAGAAUAAUUUACUAUUCAUACAGGAUACAUAUUUCCCAAGCUCCCAGCUUGGUCCACAAACAGAGGUAAUUCUGGAAGUCAGGAAGAGAUUAUCAAUGCCGGGGGGAACAUUCACAUUGCCUUCCUGGCAUUGAUGUUUCCUGGACAUUUUAGAGCCUGGAACCUUUGAGUUUCCAUGUGCUUCUCUUCAUGUGCCAGUAAUAUUAUUUAUUCAGUCCGUAUUUGCUGAGUACCUUCUAAGUGCCUGGCACUGUUCCCCACACCCAAGCUCUAGUGAGCAGGCAGAGUCACCCUGCCUUUCUUCAGGGAAUAUCUUAGCUGGGGAGACAGACAAUAAGCAAGAAAAUGAAUAUACUGUCAGGAGCAAGCUGUACUAUGAAGAAAAAUAAAGAUGAAAUUAUC